GUGUAAUCGGCAGCAUCACAACCAAUAACGUCCACCGCCGCCGAUCGUGCUCCGAAAUGGCCAGCCAAGACCUCUUCACUUCCUUAAUCUCCGACAUCGAGACCUACUCUGGCAAAGACCCUCUUCUUCCUUGGCUCCGAGGGAUUCGAAAGAUGAAGGACACUCUGUCUCCCGCGGCCCUCCAUGAGAAGCUGCCGGAUUUCUUACAGAAAUGUGCACAGACUUUCGAGUCGGAUCGACGCUACCGGAAUGACAUGCGGUAUCUUCGGGUUUGGCUGCACUUGAUGGAUUUUGUAGAUGACCCAUUGUCGCUUUUGAAAACGAUGGAGGUGAAUCAUAUUGGGACAAAACGCUGCCAGUUCUACCAAGCAUAUGCUCUUUACUAUGAAAAGAACAGGAGAUAUGAUGAGGCUGAGAAAAUGUACCAUUUGGGAGUGAAGAACCUUGCAGAACCCAUGGAUGACUUGCAAAAAUCAUAUGAACAAUUUCUUGGUCGCAUGGAAAGAAAGAAAAACAGAAAAAUCCAGAAAGAUUUCCAUCAGCAGCAGGAAGGGAGAGCUUCCCGGAGGCCUCUGUCUACGAAGAAUAUUCCAGCUCAUAUCAACAAGACCGAGGGGAAAGGUGAAGCAUGUGGUAUUGAGAGUAAAAAGGAUCAGGGCAAGAGGUUUUUAGAUGAACCGACAGUUGUAGGCAAGUUUGUUGGCACUGCCCUUGUCGGAAGGUCUGAAGCCGAAAAUGCCUGCCAUCAUGGACUUGUGGAUCCUACAAUAAAUAUGAAGGAAGCAAUGAAUGCGAUUAACAAUAUGUUCCGUGAGCCACUUGAGGAUGUUCCUAUAGCCAAGAAAUCACACAAAAACCGAUCGAAGGAAGAUCAAUUUACUCCGAAGGGAUUGGAGGUUUUUAUUGAUGAAAGCUCGGAUAAUGGAACCAAAUCAUCAGCUUCUCCAUCUCUGCAGCACAACAAUGAAGCAGGCCAAUUCCAUCAAGAACCACUUCAAAUAUACAUUGAUGAUGAAGGGCCUGGUGAAACUAGUGACAUAAACGAUGAACAGAGUGGUGUCCGGAAUCUGCCAGAAGAUUUUACUUCCUCUGCUUCUCGAUUGAAUGCCUUUGUCUUUCCCCGUCCUAAGAACCUUCCUUCUGAAAGUUCUGGAGGUAUGGAUGCGCGGAGUUCCCGUAAGUCAAAGUUCAGAGAGGAUACAGUUGUCCGCCGAUUUGUUGGAUCCACCAUUUUGGAUGAGCCAGUGGUAGAAAAUGUUUGCCAUCAUGGUUUAGUAGACCCCACAAUCAACAUGAAGGAAGCUAUGAAUGACAUAAAUAACAUGUUUGGGAAACCAAUGGAUUUUGUUAGACGGAAAAGAUCGAUGAAGCAGGAAAAGGCACCGGAGUGCAAUAACAGAAAAGAGUGUGGUGGGUUUUCGAUUCUUGCUGAUGAUGACUUGGAAAAUAAAAAAAGUCCACAGCCUCCCAAACUGGCAGGGAAGUCAACGAAUUCUGAUUUAUUUGAGCCAACUCUCAUCACUAAGGAGGCAAUGGACGACAUAAACAAGAUGUUCAAUAUGCCAUUGAAUUUUUAAGAGCAAAUUGAUUGAUUGGUGAUAGUGAUAUGUACCAAAAACUGCAAAAAUAUUGAGUUCUAACAGAGUUGCCUUUGAUUUGCCUGGGGUAAUCAAAUGCGAGUUGUCUAUUCUGUGGUGUCUUCCUCUUUCUGUCUUGUGCGAACCUUUUUGCUUAUGAAAUGAAACUCAAAUUCAAGGGGAAAAAA